AUGCGUGGCAAAGACCUCUCCACAUCCACCGUCUCUAUCACCCUCACUCAACCAAGCCCUGGCCAGUGCUUUGCAGGGCUCGCUUCAUUAAACAGACCUAGCACGGAAUUGCGGAUGUGCGGAUAUACAAAUCCCCGUCCGUCUGUUCAGUCCACUACGUUCCCAAGUUACGAGGCCAAGAUAUUGACCAAACAGGAACGGACGGCCAUGUGUGUGUGCACGGCAAGGUCGCCGUCGUCGUCGGAUGGCAGGCUAGCAUGCUGGUGCCAACGCUCCAGCACCGCCAUGAACAUCAGCAUCGGCACCAAGCAGCAGCAGCAUGCGCUCUGUUACCUCGUCAACCCUCCCCUUCUCCCCGGUCCGACUUUGGAUUGA